GUGCGUGCGCCUCGCCCGCCCCGCUCGCCUCCGCCUCCUGGUUGCGCCGCCGCUCCCCCUCCCUUCCCCACCUCCCGGCUACCACAGCGAGCGAGCGGGAGGAGGAGGAGGAAAGAGGCAGAGAGAGGCAGCUCCGGCGGCCCCUGGCGUUCCCCUCGGCGAGGUGGAAGAUGGCGACGCUGGGAAGCGAGCCGCAGCCUUACCCCGCCGCUGCCCUGGCGGUGGCAGCGGGCGGGGUGGGCGGUGGCGGCUGUGGCGGCGGCGGUGCGCUGGGUCUGCAGCCUCUGAACCGCGGUCUGGAGCGGGCGUUGGAGGAGGCGGCUCACUCCGGGGGGCUCAACCUGAGCGGCAGGAAGCUGAAGGAGUUCCCGCGCAGCGCCGCCGCCCUCACUCACGACCUCUCCGACACGGUGCGGGCAGAUCUAUCAAAGAACAGAUUAACGGAGAUACCUACGGAGUUGUGCCAUUUUGUGUCACUGGAAACACUAAAUCUAUACCACAAUUGUAUUAAAAUUAUACCAGAUGCCAUAGUGAAUUUACAAAUGCUAACUUACUUAAAUUUGAGUCGAAAUCAACUUUCAUCUUUGCCAGCUUGCCUGUGUGGUCUUCCUCUAAAAGUCUUAAUUGCAAGUAACAAUAAGCUAGGUUCCCUUCCAGAAGAGAUAGGUCAGCUAAAGCAGUUAAUGGAACUGGAUGUCAGCUGCAAUGAAAUCACAACUUUGCCACAGCAGAUAGGCCUACUGAAAUCUUUAAAAGAACUGAAUGUCAGAAGAAAUUACCUCGAAGUUUUACCCCAAGAACUAGUACAGCUUCCCUUGGUAAAGUUCGACUUUUCCUGCAAUAAGGUGCUUGUGAUUCCCAUUUGUUUUAGAAAGAUGGCACAGUUACAAGUACUACUGCUUGAGAACAAUCCUUUGCAAUCUCCACCAGCACAAAUUUGUACAAAGGGGAAGGUGCAUAUAUUCAAAUAUCUGACUGUACAGGCCUGUCAGAUUAAAACAGCAGACUCGCUGUAUCUUAAUGUCAUAGAGCAGCCGCAUUUGCCGCAACCUGUGGAAGAAAGCAUUGAUGACAUCUACCCGAGUAAAAAGGACUCGGAUUCAGGUGUUGGUAGUGACAAUGGUGAUAAGCGUUUGUCAGCAACAGAGCCAUCUGAUGAAGAUACUAUCAGCUUUAAUGUUCCAAUGUCAGACAUUGUGGAAGAAGAUCAGGUUGUAAAGGAAGAUUCAGGUCACCAUGCUCACUCAAGAAAAGUGGAAUUCCAUCAGGGAUCUUCUCACUUGAUUGCCAAUGAUAAAUCAAGAGAAACAGGAAUCCGGUUUGAUGAAUCAGAUGCUCUUACUACUGAAUUUAUGAGUUACAUUAAGAGCAGAGCAGCAGAGUGUGAUGAGUUACUGAGAAUAGAAGAGGACGCACAAUGGCAAACAGAAGAAAUAAUAAAUAUAUCAGAAGAACAAACUAUUGAUAUAGCAAUGAUAGAACAACUAAGAGAAGCAGUAGAUUUAUUACAAGAUCCCAACAGAUUAAGCAUGGAUAUUUCAGAAAGCAGUGAUGUGAAUCUGUAUCCCAUGGAACCAGCAACAGCUUUAGAAUUUCAAGAGUCUACAGUAAACAGUCAAAUGCAGAUGGAGAUGUCCUCACUUGGUCAGAAAGAAAAUGCUGAAGAGGAACUAGAAUUUCAGAGGAGGAGGGAAUUAAUUAUGGAGAAAGCCAAGAAUGAAAUGAGAACAUGUGAACAGGGUGAAAAAUGGUCAUUGAAUCAGAAUGAUGUAAUUGUUUGGAAUACAAGUGGCCAGCCAUCUCACAAUGAGAACAAGGAUAAAAGUCCAACGCUGUCUCCUACUACAAACAACACAAUCCCUUUUGGCCUGAAGCCGCGAUCAGACCCAUCCCUCAGUCUUCCUCCUGUCUCCUUCAACACACUUACACAGGCACAAACAUGGGACAGCUUUAGCUACAGUAUACCAUCUGAAGGAGACAGUGACAAUGUGUUCUUAAGACCGCAAAGAAAUUUGGAAUCAAUAGACCCACAGUUUACGAUUCGAAGGAAAAUGGAGCAGAUGAGAGAAGAGAGGGAGCUUGUCGAACAGCUACGUGAGAACAUUGAAACAAGACUAAAAAUAUGUUUGCCUGAAGACUUGGGGUCUGCUCUCAUGGAUGGUGUAGUUCUCUGCCAUUUAGUAAAUCACAUUCGACCUCGGUCAGUAGGAAGUAUUCAUGUACCUUCACCAGCAGUACCUAAACUUAGCAUGGCCAAAUGCAGGAGAAAUGUUGAAAACUUCCUGGAUGCAUGUAGAAAACUGGGGAUACCAGAGGCUGACCUCUGCUCUCCGUAUGACAUCCUGCAGUCGGAUAUUCGUCACAUUCGAAAGACUGUUGACUCUCUGCUCGCCCUCGGGGAGAAACCCCCGCAAUCAACUUCUACCUUUCGCUCCUGGGAUCUAUUAGGCUUUUGUCUUUUCCACAUACUUUUUGUAGUCUUGAUGUUUAUAACUUAUCACUGGAAUGUGCUAACAGCAUAACCUGUUCGCAUGUGCGCACAAACUUUCUGCUUUGUCUCUGACAAAUUACAGGUACUUAAUUUCCUUCCUUUGUCUUACAAAAUUCUCCUUUUUCCUUCGCUUCCCUUCCUUGUAAUAUCUUUGUUAAUCUCUUGAAAUAGGGGAGUGAGGGAUUAUUAGCAUCAUGAACUGAUCUGAAGGCAAGUCCUAUCUCUUUCCCCCACUCCAGCUCAAGUUUAAGAAGUUACACACCUCUUUAUGUUGCCUAGAGUAUACACUGAAUGUGGUAAAACAUUGAAACAACUCUUAUUCCACUUUUGAAUGAAGUCUAGAUGUAUAUCAAGCUAAACAGAGCCAACCCUUUUUAGGAAAAGACAGGUACGCUUUUGUGAACAGCAUUCAGAAGAAUUUGUGAAAAUCCAAGAAUGCUACCGAUAUUGAAGCAGCUGAGGUGGCAGUUGAGAUGAUAGUAUUUUCUGAGCUGGUGCUAACUAUCUCAACAUGCAUUAUGUUAAAGAGCACUUAACGGUAAUCUGAAAGAUAGUUCUCUAUUUUAAAUCCUUUAGUAUAACAAAGAGUACUGUAAAUUUAAAGAUGAUUGGUCAUCUCUACUGUUCUGAUUAAAUUCCAUACUGGAGUAGUUAUUUUCCUACUUCUAUUUUGUUUUCCUCCAGAUUCCAUGGAAUAAUCUUCUUCUGUCUCACAAAGCAGAAUUUAUCUGCUUUAAAACACUGGAAGAUGACUGUAAAUUAGUACUGGGCAUGAGGAACACCUCAUAUGCAAGGCACUUUACAAUAUUUUAGAAUGAAGAUCACAAAAGAUGGUGUGAUACAAUACGAUUGAGAAUAAAUUGUUAGAUUCCUUUAUCUGUCAUUCUUAUGUGUGACAUCAAGCAAGUUUUGUCACUUAUCUUGUCUCUGUUUCAUCACCUGUGAAACUGCUGGUAAUGUUUGUUUGUCUAACAAGCAUAGAAAACACAAUGUAGCUAGGAAAAUUGUUUGUCUAGAAAGAGUUUAGAUUUUCUUUCUUAGGAGGUUUUAAAGAGUUAGGAUAGAUAGCCAUUGGUCAGGAAGACUUUUGGUAUCCUUGAACUCUGCCUAUGUUUAGAGCACUGGACUGAAUGACUUCCAUUUCCCUUCCAGUUCUGUUUUCUGUUAUUUAUUUGUAAAACUUGAAUAAGACAAAUCUUAAUUUUAUUUUGUAGCAACAUGAAAUAUACAAAUGAAAAGUGAUUGUAGGCAUAGUGAGACUUGAAAAUUAUAAAGCUUCAAGUAUAGACCCAUAUUUAUUACUGCUAGAUGCUGUUGAUGAAAUACUUAGUUCAAUGUCAAGCUAGCUAACCAAAGCAUCUCAGUUUUGUGGCUGUGAAAUAAAUGUGUUUAUUUUUCACUGGCUAUUAUAUCGCAAAAUUAUCGUCUGACUUUUAGAAGAUAAUUAGCAUAAGAACUUGUAUAUUACAGAUUAUUCUGGUAAUAUGAUUAUGAAUUAAGGCUACAUUAUAAAUAUUCUAAUUCCUUAGAUGUUUGUAAAAAUGUAUUUAAAAGCUUCUAAAUGCAGUUCUAUUCCCAGUUUUCUUGGCUUUAAUACAUAAGUGUGUGUGCACAUUUAAAGGAUGAAGUAUUUAGUUAAGUAUUUUAAGAUGGGAAAAAUUACUUUCAGACAACAGACACUAAGCCCUUUAUAAAAUCAGUUCUAGCAGCUUCCAGUGCGUACGUAUAACGAUUCCAUUAGCGGCUUCUGUGACUUGGCUCAAAUUCAGUUAAUACUUGUAGGUUCUUAAUUCCUUCAGGAACUCUGCUAGUUGUUUGAGUGCAUAGCUGUGGACUUGUGCCCUUGUCCUGCACAGACCUGUCUUCUGACUGUGCACCUAAUUUCAGUGGUUCCAACAGCAGACACUCACUAAGUUAAGAGCUUAGUGUUUAAAAUUCCGCUUUCAAAAGAUCUUGGUUUUGUCUUGAUUCAGCAGUGUUGCUUUUCAUGAAACUGCGAAAAUGACAUAAAUCACUUCAGAAGCUAUUAAUGUAUGACUGAUUAUAAUCCAGUGUAUGUGUCUGAGGCAAAGUCUAUGUCUUCUGUAGGACUGGGUUUUACCUGUGCCCUUAUAAGUGAUAAACAGGUCUCCUGUUAAUGCUUUGUGUUGUUCAUUUCUUAUGUAGAACCAAUCCACAUGUAUGAGUAUAUUUUAACGUUUUUGGAAGGAGAAAACCAAGUGGCAAAAGUUGUUGCUACCAUCCUAUAGUUCAUAUCUGUGUCAUUGUCUAAUAUGUGUGAUUAUUCACGGUGUUCAGUAGGUUGGUGAGGAAGGUGAGAAAAAUAGCAGGUCAGUCUUGUAGAGGUGUGUCAGUGUAGACCAACUGCUCAUGUGCCUGUGAUGCAUGAUUCUCAAACUUACCCGAAGUUUGAACUAUACAUAUGCUUACCAUGCAGACAGUCGUCUUUAACUUGGAGUACAUUUUCUCACUUCUCUUAGCCUUAACGAUGUACAGCAAUUAAAGUGUAUCAUUACAAGCAAUAUUUGGAGUUACAGAGUUGGAACCAUCUUGAACCAGACUGUGAAAGAUGUCCAUACUUGCUUUGUGACGAGCACAGCCUUACUUUCUGUACAUGACGGUUAUCCAUUUUCUGUGUUUUUUUUCUAGUUGUUAUUGAUAACACUUCAAAAUACAUGCAAAUCUUAAAGGGAAAGAGAUAGUACAAUCUAAACAUAGAUUCUACUGCUAUUCUAUUCACACUUUUCGUUAAGUGUGAAUACAGUAAUGUUUCUCCAAAUACUUUUAAAAUGUAGUAAAGGUAUGAAAAAUGCCAGUCUUUUCCUCCCCAGAGAGAGUAAUUUGAUUAAACGGGGAGGUGGAAAGCACAGCAGGUAUCUACUGUAAUGGGCUCUUCGAUAAAGUCAGAGUCCUACUUCUGUGGUAUUCUUCCUGUGGUGUUAUGUUCAGGAGACUAAGAGUUCUGCUGGCUGGUGAUUCUUCACCUCUUAGGAGAUCCCAGUAUUGAGACAUUGUUGUAUAGAGCUGAUAUUUACACUCAGUCGCAUGAUUAAGGGGAUAACUUUGGGCUUUGAAACAACCUAACUUGUUGUUUGAUGUCACAUUCAUUCACCACUAACAUGAAUUACUCUUAUUCCACCUUGUGUUUUCCCCAUUCCGUUUUUUUUUUCCUUGCAGUGACAGCAUGGUCAUCAGAAAUUUUUGAACUGUGAUUUCUUCAUAGGUUAUCUGCUCAGAUCUGUACUAAACCCACUAUAUUAAUUACUUUUUGAUCCUCUGGAGAUCAUCACAUCCUUAGUGCAAUAAAGUAAUAAAUACAAAUUAUAAUGGAUUAAUUUAAUAAACAUGCAGGUAAAAUAUGUUUGCACUGGAUUGCAGCUGGGAUUUUGAUGUGAGGAUUUGGCUUUGUAUUUCCUUGAAAAUUCCUUCCAGAAAAAAGAUAAAUAUGUUCAAGUGCAGUGUAGUAGAUGUUCAAAUGCCUUUUUCUUUACGUAUCUACUAACAAGCUUUUACAGCUGCAAUCUGUUUAUGGAUCCUAUCGUAUUCCUAACACGUUCAGUGGAAGUCUGCACUUAAUGUGAGUGGGAAUUUGACUAGAUCUGAGUAAAUACAUAUUCAGUCCAGUCUUCUAUUCCAUAGACAUAAAUAAGUUUUCUAACUGCCGAGUAAUUGUUUUCACAAAAAGAACUACUUUUUAUCAUCUCACUCCUGUUACUACGAAAAAUUAAAGCACUCUAAUGUACAGGUUUAGAAAAAGUGGUAGACCAUGCUUUGUGGUCCAUUAUCAUUUCCAGCACGUAAUCUGCGUAAUGCAGAAAAGAGCAAUAUAAAAAAAAAAAUUCAGGUAAUGACCCACUAAUGAUCCAUUCUACUUGGAUGAUACAGAACAUUCUCAUUCCUUCACUUCAUAUCUUAGAUUUUAAUGUAUAUGAUUAUGAUAUAACUGGUAUUUCCCCUGUAAGUAUACAUUUUCUCUUACUGUUUAAUGUGUGUCUGUCUUUAGAAAGCUUCUAGAAUUUUCUGUUCCUUCCAGAUCCAGGUGAUUGUUUACUUAACGUGUUAGAACAAAACUAUGAGGCAUUUGGCAAAAUAUAUUGUCUACCUUAAAAUUGUGUGGCUGAAGGCCAGAAUUUGUAAAAGGGUCCAAAGCCAUCAUCUGCAAAUGCAGUUUUGUAAAUAUUUGCAAUUUAUUGCAUGUUCAGAAGAUGCACAUAUUUAGAUAUCUCAUUGGCUAUAAUUCUAAAUACAGAAUUGCAGCUAUAGUAUUGAAGGUCUGGGUUGUUGGUUUUUUUUUUUUUUUUUUGCAUUUUUGAAUCUGGUCACAAGUGUAUGAUUCAACAAAACGUACUAAUCUUUCCUUUGGAAAUUAAAAGAAAAACUUGAUGAAAUAUACCUGCAGCCUGGAUUACUGUGCUUCUUGAUCUUCUGGUCUUUUCUGUUGUAUUUCAAAUGGUAACUUCAGGACGUUUGGGCUUAUCAGACAUCAUCAGUGAGUCAUUAAGGAAAACAUAUUUACAAAGAUAUAAUUUCAUAUUCCUGUAGAUAUGCCUUCAUCUAACAAAAAUUCAAGUGUUUGACAGGUUUGCUUAAAUAUAAGGCUUUUAGUGACUGUCCAGUUCAGAGCAGUUGGCUUCAAACAUUAAAUAAUGAGCAUUGUAUGGAGUUACUUUUCUUUAAAAAGAAAAAGAUGUACUUUGGAGAAACUACACAUUCCAGUAUUUCAUUGUUUUAUGAGUAUUUUUUUUUGCCUGUUGAUCUGAAUUACAUAUUCUACACAUCUGAGGAAGAACAGAAUGCCUCUUGCUAAAUUUGUAGAAUUCCAUUUCUCUAUUUCUGUUUUUUGCUAACAUCAGGGCCCAAGGAUAUUUGUUAUCAUGAUGUAAACAGUUCAUUACUUGCCCCUCUGACAUAAUGGCAACAAUUACUUUCUUGAUAAUGAACUGCUCUGUCUGAAUUGUCAAGCUGUUUGCCCUAGUAUAAUCCAAUUCAAGCAGCUGAUUGACUUUCGAGGCAUCUAAUGUCAAAGAAAACAGAUCCGUAUGUGUAGAGAGUCACGUAGCCCUGUGGGAUCAGCCCCUGUGGAAUAUUCCUUGCAUAUUCCUGUUUUAAUUUUACACCACUUAAAUGAGAAGUUUUGUUCCAGGAAUAGAAAAUUGCCUUGGCAGCACACGUGUGUAUGGUUGUGAUUAUUCCCGUUGUGCUGUCUUUUGGUGUUGUUUUGUGCCUCAACCUGUUUUUUUUUCUUUUGAUGAGCUUGUUCUUUUGCUUCUUACGAGUUUGAAAAUGUCUAUUCAAAGUGGGUGUAUAUCUGUUGAAAAUAAUGAAGCUCUUCUAUGCUUCUAGGUAGAAAAUUGACACCAAAAAUUUUGGUCUACAUUUUAUAUUAGACAGAAGAGAUGGAUUGAAUAUGAGUGGACUGACAGCCCUUCCUUCUUUGAUUGUUUCUAAAGAUUUCUAGACUGGGGAUUAGUAGCCAAUUCUUUUGCCUUUCUGGGCUUUGUUCAGGAAAGGUUUCAAUGAGAGUAUUUUUAGGAGUGGUGAUUCAUAUUCUGUGUUGAAGUUAUGUGUUCAAUGCUACUCUAAAUUGGACUGAAAUCUUUUCAAAGAUGGGGGAAAUGAGUGAAGAUGACUCAUGUAAAAUCCUUGGAGACAUGGGUGAGUUCUGCUGGUAUAUUAUCUCAGAAUGAGAAGUGUUAAGAGUUCUAUCAUCAGUGGCUUCCUAUGGUUGAAGGCGCCAGUUUUGGAGUGUAAGGGAGAACAAAGCAUGGGAAACAUGCCGCGUUGCAAGGACGGUGGUUGAGUACAAGGUCUCGGGCAGCUGGAAUUUUGACCCAGUGUUACUGUUGUGUAGAAGGUUGAAUUCAUUAGCAGUGUGUUCUAAAUUUCAUCCUUAACAAGAUUUGAUUCUUCUUACUCUUAGAAAAAUUAAAUAUAUUAUUCUAAGCCUGUGAUUUGAAAAAUAUGUGAGGCAGAGUCAGUGAAAGCUGUUUGCAAAGUUUUGAAGAUAGUGGUUAGGGCUUAGACAAGCAAAUUAAUUAAUGACACACUAAGAUGCACUUCUUUAGAAGUGGAUGAUAUAGGUUUCACUGAGAGGUUUGGAAAGCUCGCUAUAGCCACAGGCUUAAAUAACUAGGAUUAUACAAUAUUAAAUGAACUCCACCUUCUUCCUGAAAAAGGAAAGGCUGUCAGUUGUACAUCUUUCAAGAACUAAUGCAGAAUGAUGUAUAAUAUGAGAAGUAACAUGUCCUGAAGCUUCUGACUUGUAGUACAUAGUCGGGCAGUUCUAGUUGUUUGUAGACCUUUUUAAAUAGCUUCCCUUGAGUGCACGUCUUGUAAAUAUGGCAGAGGGAGGGAGGUUGUUUUUAUGCGGACUGGAUUGCUGCAGUCUAUUUAAAAAAGUUAGAUAAUGCAUUCUCUAUUAAAGGAGAAACAUCUGUGUUGGAUCAGAUUGGUUUUUUUGUUGUUUAAUAUGAAAUGAGGCACUAACUCCUUUUAUGCUUUCAGUUAAAAUGUGUAUAUAAUUGAUUACAAAACAAGAAGUCUGUUUCUGAUGAGAAAGAAUGACAGAUGGAAGAAUAGCUCUUUGAACGCUGUAAGGUGUCAAAAAAUGGCAUUUUUCUGAAGGAAACAUCCUUAACUCUGUUUUUUACAGCAAACUUGGCUUCAAUAGAAAAAUGUAGAAUAUUCUCAAACAUAAAUAACUGGUAAAGUAAGCUGUAUUAGUCCUGAGUUUUUGGAUUAAAUCCCUGUCCUUCAGCCUUGUAACACUAAUCUGUUGCUCGAUUCAGCAGACGUUAAAUAUUAAUGCCUUUUAUCUAGAGUGGAAAAUUAAUGAAAUAUUGGCACGUUGUGUGCCACCAAAUCUGUGAAACAGGCCUCUAGUGUACUUGGGCACUUGAAAGAAGUCUAAAAGUAGAGAGAAUAACUUUUUAUUGCACGUCAUUUAUAUUCUCAAUAAAUGAUAAAUAUUUUCCGAAAAUUAUCAGAGCCAGAGUAUCUUAGACUUCUCUUAGAACUUUGUCCUGAGAUGUUAGAUUGGCAAAAUAUUUUUAGUGAAUUUAUACAGUUGAAGUAGAAAUAUAUUUUAUCUUUUAUUUGAUAUCAUUAUUUAUUUCUACUUUCUUCUGUAGUUACUCCAGCUAGGUUUCAGAGUAGGAGUUUGCAUACCGAAAAUAUUUUCUUAAAAUAUCUUUGUAUAGUUCUCCAGACAAAAUACCUUCUUCCAGAGGAGUAGAAGGUGGGAACCAUCUCUGAGAGUUUGCAGGUUUGCAUUAUCUCAGUCACAGAAGAGUGAACAUGAACGAACUGCAGAAUCAGUUUCUUAAUUUAAGUGAUCAAUUUAGAGUAAGUUUGGAAUAGGAAUCUGAGUGAUGAAUUAGAAGUGACUGCAUGAUAGGGGCAUUCCUCUGUGCUGAUUAGACAAACAGCUCCAGCAAAGAGGGGCAUAGUAAUAAGUGGCAAUGGGAGGUCGGUAAUUUCAGUCAGAAUCCAAAAGCUCAACCUAAUCAAUGUAUGUGUAAACCCAGCAUUUAGGAAGUUUAACCCCAGAACAGUGCUUCAUCUUCCAUGUAGAUAAAUGAAUUUUGUUCAUCUAUUGCAGACCUACUUAGCCAAACUCUUUUAAAAUUAACCUGUCUGAAACUGUUUCUUAGGUCUGUGUGUGCAGAAAGAAGUACUUGUUUGGUAUUUCAGGCUGUCGCCAUAGAAUCACAAAAUGAUUUUGGUUGGAAGGGGCCUUAAAGAUCAUCUGGUCCCAACCACCUGCCAUGGGCAGUGCCACCCACCAGCUCAGGCUGCCCAGAGCCUCAUCCAACCUGGCCUUGAGUGCCCCCAGGGAUGAGGCACCACAGGUUCUCUGGGCAGCCUGUGCCAGUGCCUUGCUGCCCUCAUCAUGAAAAUGUCUUCUUAUAUCCAAUCUAAAUCUACCCACUGUUAGUUUUAAAGCCAUUACUCCGUGUUGAAUCUCUACAAUCCCCUGUAAAAAGUUGUUCCUCAUCUUUCCUGUAGGCCCUCCUUAGGUCCUGGAGGGCUGCAGUGAGGUCUUCCUGGAGCCUUCUCUUCUCCAGACUGAACAAGCCCAGCCCCCUUAACCCUUCUUCAUAGGAGAGGUGCUCCAGCCCCCUGAUCAUCCUUGUGGGCCUCCUCUGGACCUGCUCCAACAGAUUGAUGUGCUUCUUAUGUUGAGGGCCCUGGAGUGCACUGCAGUACUGCAGGUGGGGCCUCAUGAGUAGAGGCCAGCCCCUCAGCCUGUUUGCCACACUUCUUUUGAUGUGUCCCAAGAUACAAUGAACCUUAACCCAUGAACUUUUUUAAGGAAAAAAAAAAAAAAAGACAACUUUUAAACGUAAAAAAAAAAAAAAAAAAAA